AUGGCUCGGGGGCCGGGCCGCGAUUUUCGGCCGGAAGAGGUCGGCCCGGCCCCGGUCCUUUCAAAUUUCUCGGCCCGGCCCGGCCCCCUGUUGGUCAGAUUUGUGAUGGCAAGUGAUGGCCAAAUCCCUUUUCUGGAUUUGGCUUUCUCUUGCCAAAUCCUUUUGUAUUUGAUUGUCCUCCGAGCUCUGGCUCGGCCACAGAUUUUCCCGCCAUUUCAAAUUGCCCAGAGUUACAAAGUCAAGAUGCUUAGCAAAAAGGAAAUGUCAUCACAUAUAAUCAGCUAG